CUUCAAAAUCAUGGAUAGGAAGGAUUGGCAUGGAUGGCUCAAACUAUCAACGUUUGAUCACAGAUGGUCUUGGCUCCCCAACUGGUUUAACCAUCGAUUUUGAGAGUGAACGAAUGUGGUGGGCAGAUGCCCACUUUGAUGCGAUUGAAUAUGCCAAUUUGGAUGGUACUAACAGACAAACAGUAAUGAAAGAGAACGUACCAUUCAUUCACUCACUUGCAGUGUUUGAAGACUGGAUCUACUGGACAGACUUGAAUCACCUGAGCAUAGAAAAAGCACAUAAAUUCACUGGACGUAACCAUACUAUUCUGCGGAAUAUGACUCACCAACCAAGUAACCUUGUUGUGUUUCAUUCAUUACGACAAAAGCAAU